GUAAAGCAUAUGAUCCUCCUUCAAUUCAAUAAUACAGAUUACAGCACACAAGAUCAGGAAUUGCAGUGACAGUAUAUCAUCCGCCUACGCAACCGCAAAACCACCUGCCAGAAACGCCCAUCACCAGACGUUUAAAGCACCACUUUGAACCUAAAGCAGUAAAGCAUAAUCACCACCUUUUCUCCACUCCCUUUCAUUUCUCCUCUUUAUAUACUCUUCUAUUACUUGCUAAAUUCUCACAAUCAAUCAAUCAAUCAAUCGUAAGCAAAAUCCGAAUUUAGGAAAGAGAAAAAUCCGAGGUUUUUUAACAAUGGCGGCGGUGUCUGAGAAACCAAUUAUGUUGAUUGGAAUUGACGAGAGUGACCAGAGUUCUUAUGCUUUGGAAUGGGCUAUUGAACAUUUCUUCACCCCUUUUGCUCCUAAUUUCCCUUUCAAGCUUUUUCUGGUUCAUGCUAAACCUACUCCUAUGACUGCUAUUGGCUUUGCUGGUCCGGGAGGAUCGGAAAUUCUGCCCUACGUGGACACUGAUCUGAAGAAAAUAGCUGCCAGGGUCAUUGAGAAGGCUAAAGACUUGUGCCACUCCAAAUCGUUACAUGAUGUUACCAUAGAAGUUGUGGAAGGUGAUGCUAGGAAUGUUCUCUGUGAUGCUGUUGAGAAGCACCAUGCGGCGAUGCUGGUUGUCGGUAGUCAUGGCUAUGGAGCGAUUAAAAGGGCCGUUCUUGGAAGCGUAAGUGAUUACUGUGCUCAUCACGCUCAUUGCUCAGUAAUGAUUGUCAAAAGGCCAAAGAUCAAGCACUAAAUUUCUUUAUGGAACUUUAUUUCGAUGGAUGUUGAUAUGCAAGCAUGAACUGCCCCUCAUUCAUAAUAUUUAUUUGUGUGUAAUAAUUAUUUUACAAUCUUGUGGUUUAGAGCGUGAUCAAGUAUAAAUAGGAGAAUCAUACACAUGGAUAAUUGUGUGUUGAAUGAUUAGGCGAUAAUCCUUUGUAAUCCACCCCUCAACUUUCCGGAGGAACAUAUAUUUGGUAAGCUCUGCCUAGAAGGGUUACCUAAUUCUGUAUUUUUUUUCAUUAUCUUAUAAAUAAAUGCGUUUAAUAGUA